AUGGCCGAACCGGCAGCCACCAGCAAUCAGCAACUCAUGUUCUCAACUGAGGAAUGGGGAAUGGUGUCGAAAACGCAGAUCGAACGCCCCACCGUUCCGGGCGACAUGGACGAGGACAAGGGCGUCCUGGUGGUGUGGACUCGCGGCAUGGCAGGUCAACCGGGUUCCGGAUGGACCGCCAGGCACGCCAUUUCGGGAGACGCCGUGCGCGAUGCGCUGAUCGCGGCUGGCCUGAUACCUGAAGAAUAA